AGGCGUGUCUGUGGAGGCCUAGGGUGUCGCCGUGGAGGCUCCCAUUCGAAGGCGACGGCGGUCGUCUAUGGUAUAUUUCAGUAGUAAUCUCUCCAGAAAAAAAAGGGCGAAAUAACUCCAAGCAGGCAGGGAAUUUACUCUGUGUUUCAAUGGCGAAGAAGACGUACGACUUGCUGUUCAAGCUGCUUCUGAUCGGGGACUCGGGCGUGGGGAAGACCUGUGUUCUGUUCCGCUUCUCUGACGACGCCUUCAACACCACCUUCAUCUCCACCAUAGGAAUAGACUUCAAGAUCAAAACUGUUGAACUACAAGGAAAGAAGAUUAAACUACAGAUCUGGGACACAGCGGGCCAGGAACGGUUCCACACCAUCACCACCUCCUACUACAGAGGAGCCAUGGGCAUCAUGCUGGUCUACGACAUCACCAACGCCAAGAGCUUCGAAAACAUCAGCAAAUGGCUGCGCAACAUCGACGAGCAUGCAAAUGAGGACGUUGAGAGGAUGCUGCUAGGCAACAAGUGUGACAUGGAGGACAAGAGGGUCGUACCAAAAGCCAAGGGGGAGCAGAUCGCGAGGGAGCAUGGCAUUAGGUUUUUUGAGACGAGUGCUAAGGCCAACAUCAACAUCGAGAAGGCUUUCCUCACGUUAGCAGAAGACAUCCUCAGAAAGACGCCUGUAAAAGAGCCCAACAGUGAAAACGUCGACAUCAGCAGCGGAGGUGGAGUCACAGGCUGGAAGAGCAAGUGCUGCAGUUGAACAACUCCUCAGUUUCACUCUCACACACACACACACACACACUAACGCGCACACACAUCAACACACACUGACGCACACACUAUUCUGUUUCUCUCUCUCUCUAACUGCUAACUCUAACUCUCUCGCUCUCUAACCUGUCUCAUGAGUUUUCUUGCACACUGACACUCUCUGUCUGUCUCUUUAUCAGAAUAAAACAAUAAACCACUUCACUCUCUAAUCCCCCCCCCUCCUCUCCCACCCUCCCUCCGUCACCAUCUUCUUCCACUUUCCUUCUGAUGAUCAUUUUUAUUUCUGAUAAAAAGAGAAAUCCAGUCACGUUUCUUGUCAUUUGUUUUAAAAGUUGUAAAAAAAAAACCUAAAAAAAAAGAUAAAGAAAAAUUGUGUGAAAAGACAAGCUCAUAUUUUUAAUAUUUCCUUUGCCUGAGCUCACCUGGUUGGACACCCUCACCCUUAACCCCACCCUCACCCCCCCCCCACCCCCACCCACAGCACUCACUUUCGGUCAGAGGAAAUCUAAAUAAGUGAAAAUGAAACAAAAAAAGACAAAUGUAGGAUUAACAUUUUGUACACUUAGUGGGUUUCUGUUGUCUAACCGUAUUUGGUCAUUUACAAUUUGUUACCAAGUGACAGAGGCGUGGCUAGCUCCUUUUGUAUGUGGGGGUUUAUUUUGUCCUGUGCCUUAUAUGGAAGACAGGGGCGGGGCUAGUGUGAUGGGCGGAGCCACAUCCACCCAAUGAAAUUACAGUUUAAUAAUGUGUCGGCUCCGUCGCGAGGACGCGGCAUCUGAAGCGGGAACGUUUGAGUUUCUCCUCCAGCCAAGAGAACGGCAUUAUACAGUAUGUCCUGUUUAUUGAUGUUUUAUUUUUAUCUGUAUGAUUUAUUUUACUUUUUUUUUUCCUAUUUGGAUUUCAUUUUUUUUUCCUGCAUGCAGAUUUCUUUGGGUUGGAAGCGUUUCUGUAACGUUGUGUAACGUUUGCCACUGGGUAACUGUGGGCGGGAGGUACAGAAGUUCUCUUUGGAAAUUCAAACAGUUUUGCAGAUCCAUUAAAAAUAAGCUUGUUUAAGUUAA